AAAUCGAAUGUGGAACCCAGUCGUGUGGCGUGAACGCAACGCGGAGCUGUCACUUGAGAAAAAGCGCGCGUAACUCUCUGGUUUUUUUCUUUUUUUGGAUCGGCACUCGUAAGGUGUUCGCCUGCCAAGAUGAAGUACCUAUUUGUUCUUGCCGUAUUCGCGUUGGCUUUCGCCGCUGAAGAGGAAAAGGAUGGAGAAAGGCCGAAGACUUUCAGGCGGCUGAUCCCAGCUGACGUGUUAAGAGACUUCCCUGGAUUGUGCUUCGCGUCAACCCGCUGCGCGACCGUCGAGCCUGGCAACAGCUGGGACUUGGCGCCGUUCUGUGGCCGCAGCAUGUGCGUCGUCAGUGAGGACACACCGCCGCGUCUUCUCGAGCUGGUCGAGGACUGCGGGCCACUGCCACUUGCCAACCCCAAGUGCAAGCUCGACACUGACAAGACAAACAAGACCGCACCUUUCCCCGGCUGCUGUCCUAUCUUCACAUGCGAGGAUGGUGUGAAACUGGAGUACCCUGAACUCCCCACAGCCGCUCCUGAAGAGGAAAAGAAAGCGGAAGAGAAACCUAAGGCUUAAAUGCAAAAUAUAGAUUAAAAAAAUUAGGCGCCAAAUUAUAAAUAAAACAAAAGCACCUUGAUGCUUUAGACAGUUCCAAAUUUGAAAUCAGUAAAACAAUUUGACAUUAUCAAGGUGAUAUUCCUUUUAUUAUUAAGAAUAUACGAUUGGUCUCAAUAUAUCGUACACAAAUCGCUGUUAAUUUUAUGUUCAUUCUAUACUCAAUAACGGUAUCCACUUUCUAAACGUAUUGGUAUUUAACACCGACGACUAACAAUGGAAUCACAAUAGUAUACCAAAUUCAAAAGCCCACUUCCCAUUUCCUGUCUUUUAUAGCAUGACAAAUAUCAGUCAUUUCAUUGUUUGAGAAGAAUAAAGGUUGUUUGUUUUUUAUACAAAAAGAAUGUUCGGAUUACGAUUUUGUAUGUGAUUGUAGAUUUUUUUUUAGAAGUUAUCGGCUUUUUUACUUGAAUACCGACCUAUUAUAAGGUAAUGUUUGUGAUAUUGAUACAUGAAAUAAUAGAAAAACUAUUCAAUAAAAAAUACAAAAUUUCUA